GGAAAAAUUGAUAAUUACCGAUGGCCGUGGUGAGUCCUAUGCCUGCAAGUCCACAAGAAAUCAAUCGUGUAAGGUACCCUACUAUUGAAAUUACAGAUAUAAUGGGAAGUGUGGGUGAAAUUGUGGCGGAAUCACCAUUGCCGGCAAGAGUGAUCGAAGAUAAAAUGUAUGUUACGGUUGGGAAAGAUGUGAAAGAUAGUGAAUUGACUCUUAAAUGGGCAUUACACAACUCAGGAGGAAAGAAAAUCUGCAUCCUUCAUGUUCACCAACCAGCUCAGAAGAUACCCAUCAUGGGCACAAAAUUUGCAAUAACUCAGCUGGAAGAACAGGAAGUCAGGGCCUACCAUGAACUUGAGAGGCAAAAUAUGCAUAAGCUUCUGGACAAGUAUAGUUUGAUUUGUGGCCAAGCAGGGGUGCGUGCAGAGAAACUGCACAUUGAACUAGAUUCUAUUGAGAAAGGCAUUGUGGGACUCAUAUCUCAGCAUGGUAUCAGGAAGCUUGUCAUGGGAGCAGCAUUAGACAGACUCUAUUCAAGAAAAAUGACAGAGCCUAAGUCCAAAAAAGCCAUCUACGUGCGCCUACAAGCUCCUGUUUUCUGUCACAUUUGGUUUAUCUGCAAAGGCCACCUCAUUUACACGAGGGAAGGUAAAUCAGAUGGAGUCAAUGUAGAGGGUGCAGGUCUUUCACUUGCAGCAACUCCAUCCAUUUCCUUAAGAUCAUUCUCUGUAUCAGAAGGGCAGAAUGAUCAAUUAAGGCUCAAUGGUUCAGCUCCAGACUAUCGUAGAGUAAUGUCUGAUAAUCACGGAAUGAACCUUCCUGCAUUCUCUGCUUCAUAUUUUACUGAAGGGUUAAGACCUCGCAGCAGGUUAACUGCAGAAGGGAACUUCGAAGAAUGGGAUGGGUUAUCAAGGAGAAGUCCUUCAGUGGGUUCACGUUUUUCAACUAGUUCUUCUAGUGAAGUGGUUUAUGAUUCAGCUUCUAUCUCAUAUGCAAGGACUGAGGGAAGUGAAACUGGGUUAGAGUUACAUGGACAUCCUGACGAGGAUCAUCAUCAUUUGUCUCCUCCCAGUGUACAGCCUAUGGUUCAUGAACUUUGGCAUCAAGGCACUAUGCACAACGAACUCUCCCAUCGGCUAGAAAAGUUUGUGGUGGAGGCAGAAAAUUCCCAGCGAGAGGCAUAUGAAGAGUCAAUCAGGCGCAGGAAAUCUGAAAAAGAUGCCAUUGAGGCCGUACAUAGGGCUAAAGUGUCCGAAACUCUGUAUACUAAGGAACUGAGACGCCGGAAAGAAAUUGAGGAAGCACUAGCAAGAGGUAAGGAAGAAAAUGAAACGAUGAAGCAUCAGCUAGAUGCAGUCAGGGAAGAACUCCAGGGAGCCUUGGAACAAAAAGAAUCUCUGGAGAUCCAAAUUGCAAAUUCUGAUCGGAUGGUGCAGGAGUUGGAAGAGAAAAUAUUUUCUGCCGUCGAACUGUUGCGGAAGUACAAGAAUGAACAAGAUGAGUUGAAGUUGGAGCGUGACGACGCACUGAGAGAAGCUGAGGAGCUAAGGAAAAAGCAAGCGGAGGCAUCCUCCAGUACACAUAUGCCUCAUUUCUUUUCAGAUUUCUCUUUCUCGGAAAUUGAAGAAGCAACUCGCAAUUUUGAUCCAUCUUUGAAGAUUGGUGAGGGAGGCUAUGGAAGUAUUUACAAAGGUCUGCUUCGCCAAACUCAAGUGGCGAUAAAGAUGUUGCACUCCUAUAGUCAGCAAGGUCCAUCAGAGUUUCAACAGGAGGUCAAUAUUUUGAGUAGGUUGAGGCAUCCAAACCUUGUCACUCUCAUAGGAGCCUGUCCAGAAGCUUGGAUACUCGUUUAUGAGUAUCUUCACAAUGGAAGCCUUGAAGAUCGACUCAGCUGCAAGGACAAUACCCCUCCGUUGUCCUGGCAAACUCGAAUCCGUAUUGCUGCAGAGCUGUGUUCUGUUCUCAUUUUCUUGCAUUCUUGCAGCCCUCACAGCAUAGUACAUGGGGAUCUGAAGCCUGGUAAUAUUCUCCUUGAUGCCAACUAUGUGAGCAAACUCAGCGACUUUGGCAUCUGUCGCGUAAUCUCUAAAGACGACGUUUCAAGCGACAACACUACACUUUGUUGUAGAACGGAUCCAAAAGGCACCUUAGCAUACAUGGACCCGGAAUUCCUUGACACAGGAGAGCUUACUACAAAGUCAGAUGUCUAUUCAUUUGGGAUUAUAUUAUUACGGUUGUUGACUGGAAGAUCGGCCUUCGGAAUAACAAAAGAAGUGCAAUAUGCAUUAAAUAAAGGAAAUUUGAAAGACCUGCUGGAUCCUACAGCUGGAGAUUGGCCUUUUGUGCAAGCCAAACAGUUGGCUCACUUAGCUAUGAGUUGUUGUGAAAAGAACCGUAGGGACCGUCCUGAUCUUUCCUCAGUGUGGAGGGUGCUUGAAUCAAUGAGAGUUUCAUGUGGAGCCUCCUCAUUUCGGUUGGGAUCUGAAGAUGGUUCCCAGGUUCCGGCAUAUUUUAUUUGCCCCAUCUUUCAGGAAAUCAUGCAAGAUCCAGUAGUUGCUGCAGAUGGUUUCACUUAUGAAGCAGAGGCUUUGAGAGGAUGGCUGGAUAGUGGCCAUGAUACUUCUCCCAUGACCAACCUCCAGCUUGCACACUGCAAUCUUGUGCCCAACCACGCUCUUCGUUCCGCCAUUCAGGAGUGGCACCAACAGUCAUGAUCCACUUUCUCCGAUUAUUUCAGUUGUUUUACAAGUUAUACACAAGAGAUGAUGCAAUGUUUCCUUUGCGUUUUUGUUUCUGUAAUCGAUCUUUGAAUUCCAUAAGCACUCUAUUCUCACCCCUUGUAUAGUUGACACUAUCAAUCUACUUGCUUUACAACAAAUUGUUCUACACGAAGUUAUGCAGGGACAUCCGAAUGAGCAGCUACUAUGCAUAUAUUAAG